UGAACAGUAAGCCAGCGCUUGGGAGGGCCGUAGAAUAGACACAAAGCGAGAAUCAAGCCACUGUUGCGCCAUUACUGUACUCUCUCUCUCCUUCCCUCCCUCUGUCUCUGGUUUCCCAGUGGAUACAGGGAGGACGAUGAGGCGGCGGCGGGGGCGGCGGAGGAGGAGAGACCAGAGGAGGCGAGCGGCGUUGAACGGGGAAAGAGGGGGGGAGGAAUUUGGGGAAACGAGCUCUCUGGUCAUCUGCUGGGGAGGGAACCCACGUGGCGGGAUGUGAGUGGUUGAGGGGUGGGCUUUUGAAUUGAUGUUCCCCGAGCCGAGCCUUUGGCUUUUCUCUCCCCAUCUCUCUCAUCAUAACCCCCGCUCCCUAUGACCCCGGCGCCUUUUCCUACCCUCGCGCUCUCUCUCUACAACUAUUCUUCGAUUGCUGUUGCUGUGGUGGUGUUUGGAGAGAGAAAGCGUGGCAGCCGCCGAGCGCAGCGCAGCGCAGCGAGGGAUCUCCUUCCUCCGAGUUCCGACUCCGGAGUCCAGCCCCUCUCCUCUCGUCCCUAUCUCUCUCAAUCGCUUUCGCCCGAGUCGUUGUUGUCUCUCUAUUUAUUUUCCCAUUUCUUGUUGUGCUGUGCCUUCCCACCUUUUCCUCCUCCCUCUAUCUCUCUCCUCUUCCCCAUCCACCUUCCUCGUAUCUCUCGUAUUUCCGCCUUCCCCUGCAUCCUUCCAUGCCCUAAUCUCCAAUCCUUUGCCGUACGGUUCAAUUCGGUCUUGAAUCAGAAUAAGUAGACUUGUCUCCGUUUCGAUCCGUUUGGAGGCUUGGUAAGGCUGAGGUGGUUGCAGACCUUGCAUCAAUGAUGCAAUUUUUUUUCCCAAUCUACUAUGCUUGUGGCAAUUAAGUGCUGAAUUUAAGAAGCAAAACUGAAGGAUGAAGGACAGCAGCUCAAAUACAAAUAAAAUCAUUAACAGGAACUGGGUCUUGAAGCGCAAACGUAAAAAGCUACCUUUUGGACGCAUUCUUGGUAAAGAAGAGAAGUCAUUACCUCCUAAUACUCCAGAUGCUCCAUCUGCAGCCAAACGGCAAGCAAGCAAUGAGUUAGGUCUUGAGCAGUCUGUGUCCAAGAAGAAGGGAAAUGAUGGGUACUACUAUGAAUGUGUCGUUUGCGAUCUCGGUGGAAAAUUACUCUGUUGCGAAAGCUGUCCCCGAGUAUACCAUAUUCAAUGCCUUGAUCCACCCCUUAAGCGCAUACCAAUGGGCAAGUGGCAGUGUCCAAAAUGCUUCCGAAAGAAUGAUCCACUCAAGGGCAUCAGCCAGCUGGACUCCAAUUCAAAGCGAGCAAGAACAAAGCUCAUCACUACAAAUUCUGGGGUCAAAUCAUCUGACGCUGACAAAGCGUCUCGGCUCCUUGGAAGCUCCACUUUGUCUAGACAAAGGACUUCAAACAAAGGGAAGUCUGUUGUGAUACUUGGAGCUAACUCACCGGAUAAAGAACUAGAUUCUUCCCUAGAUGUAUCUAAUAGCAGCAUGCUUGGCUGCACUGAUGGUGUAUCCCCUUUAGAGAAUGCUGAUGAUGCUAAGAACCCUGAUACUCCUGCAGCAGGGUUAGUUUCUAAUAAUAGUGCAGUUGCUGACAAGAGCACAACUGAAGUUGAUAAGCCAGAGAGCAAAUCGUCUUCUGAGAAUGUUGAUGAUGCUAUACAAGCUGAUGUGUCUUCACCAGCUUCAGUUGCAGAUAGGAAGGCUGUUUCUGAUCCCGAGGAACUUCUCUCUGAUUCCCAGUUCAAACAAUCAGAUCCACAUGAUGAUACCUGUGACAGCACACCUGACUCACAUUAUAGUGGGUCUUCUGAUAAGCGAGUCGUUCUUGCUAUUGGUGCUACUGCUGACAAAAACAGAAAGAGGAAGCUUGAGUUUAACGAUGGAGACACUGUAAAGAAGCACAAGAUUGACAAAGGAAAGCGUUCAUCUAAGAAAUGUGUGUCUAUGAGCAAUAUUGCAGGACGUGGGACUACUAAAUCACACCAGAAAAGAAAAAGCCUCGAUCGUUUAGUUUCUGCUUCUUUGCCAGUUGGUGAUGUCAUAACUAGGAAAACAGACGCGACAAGCAAUGAUGAGGUACAUGAGAAUGCUGUGUGUACGACAAACACGUCAGAUAAAGUGAGUGGUCGAAUUGAAAGACAGACCUCUGAAUAUGGUUUUCUCCCUGAACUGCAGCAGGUUGAUCGUGUUCUAGCAUGUAGAAUUCAAGGUGAUUGUUCAAUAAUCUCUUCAACUCGUACAUCUUUGAUUGAAGCAGAGGACCUUCCAUCCGAUGUGAUUGUUAUGUCCGAGUCUCAAAACAAACUUGCAGAUGCAAUUUCAUCCUGUGACAUUGAUCAAGAUAAGGUAGCCGAGAAUCUUCUUGUGGGUUCUCCUACCGCUGUAGGAGGUGCUAAUACUGAUGGAGAAAGUAUAAAGAAUGAUAACAAAGUGUUGGGUGAGGAUUUUUGUGGUACAUUGACUCGGAAAGACUGUAAAAAAGGGGAUGUUAAGGAGCCAGUGGAGACUGUUGGCACAUAUCUUGUUUCCACAUGUAUAAAUGGUAAAGAUAGGGAUGAGUCUGCAGUAACCUCAGAGGACUUGGGGAAUAAACUUGACAAGAUGGCAGACAAAGAUAUUCAUGCCUCCUCGGAAAGGCAGGAUGCUAUGGAAGUUGCUGAAGUGUGUGAAUCACAAGUAUCUCUUGAAUCGAAGGACACCAGUAAGAUGAAUGCAGAAGUGAAAGUUAGUUGCAAUGGCGAAACUAAAGUCCAAGAGCCAUCCAUGGUGGAAACUGUAUCUCAUAAGGGGGAUGCAAUAACAUACGAAUUCUUGGUUAAGUGGGUUGGGAAGUCCCAUAUACAUAACUGUUGGAUUUCUGAAUCACGACUAAAGAGUCUUGCAAAGCGAAAACUAGAAAAUUACAAGGCAAAAUAUGGAACAACUAUAAUGAAUAUCUGCGAGGAAAGGUGGAAGCAGCCUCAAAGAAUACUUGCCCUGCGAGAAUCUGGCGAUGGUACACAAGAAGCUUUUGUGAAAUGGACUGGCCUGCCUUAUGAUGAAUGUACUUGGGAACAACUGGACGAACCUGUUCUUAAGUGUUCUUCCCAUCUGAUAGAUAUUUUUCAUCAGUUGGAAUCGCAGACACGGGAAAAAGAUAGCACAAGUCAUGGUCCGACAAAGGGCAGGGGUGAGGUUAUUACUCUUACGGAACAGCCAAAGGAACUCAAAGGAGGUGCUUUAUUUCCCCAUCAACUUGAAGCACUGAAUUGGUUACGUAAAUGCUGGUAUAAAUCUAAAAAUGUGAUACUUGCCGAUGAGAUGGGGCUUGGGAAAACAGUUUCUGCUUGUGCUUUCAUCUCAUCGUUGUAUUUUGAGUUCAAAGCCAAGCUUCCUUGUUUGGUCUUGGUUCCACUGUCUACUAUGCCUAACUGGCUUUCAGAGUUUUCUUUGUGGGCUCCAAAUGUGAAUGUUGUGGAAUAUCAUGGGUGUGCAAAAGCAAGGGCUGUUAUUCGCCAGUCCGAAUGGCAUGCAAGUUAUCCAAAUGAGGUUAAUAAGAAAACCAAUUCUUACAAGUUUCAUGUGCUUUUGACCACUUAUGAAAUGGUUCUUGCUGAUGCAUCUCAUUUGAGGGGAGUUCCUUGGGAAGUUCUUAUCGUUGAUGAGGGGCACCGUCUAAAGAACUCAGGAAGCAAGCUGUUCAACUUGCUUAAUUCUUUCUCUUUCCAACACCGUGUUUUAUUGACCGGGACCCCUCUUCAGAAUAAUAUUGGAGAGAUGUACAAUUUACUGAAUUUCCUGCAGCCAGCUUCAUUUCCUUCCUUGACUUCCUUUGAGGAGAAUUUCAAUGAUCUUACAACUGCGGAGAAAGUGGACGAAUUGAAGAAACUUGUUGCUCCACACAUGCUUCGAAGACUCAAAAAGGAUGCAAUGCAAAAUAUCCCUCCGAAGACAGAACGGAUGGUCCCUGUGGAGUUGUCUUCUAUCCAGGCCGAGUACUACCGUGCAAUGCUUACGAAGAAUUAUCAGGUACUAAGGAAUAUGGGAAAGGGGGUUCCACAGCAGUCAAUGUUAAAUAUUGUGAUGCAGUUGAGAAAGAUUUGCAAUCAUCCUUAUCUCAUACCGGGAACUGAGCCUGAUUCUGGAUCAGUUGAAUUUCUCCAUGAAAUGAGGAUAAAAGCCUCUGCAAAGCUGACUCUUUUGCAUUCAAUGCUUAAGGCUCUAUAUAAGGAAGGUCAUAGAGUGCUUAUCUUUUCCCAGAUGACCAGACUUCUUGAUAUACUUGAGGAUUAUUUGACGAUAGAGUUUGGUCCAAAGACGUAUGAGCGAGUUGAUGGCUCUGUUUCUGUUUCUGAUCGUCAAACUGCAAUUGCACGAUUCAACCAAGAUAAAAGUCGAUUCGUGUUCUUGUUGUCAACACGAUCUUGUGGCCUUGGCAUCAAUUUAGCUACUGCUGACACAGUUAUUAUUUAUGAUUCUGAUUUCAAUCCACAUGCUGAUAUCCAAGCUAUGAACCGUGCACACCGUAUUGGACAAUCGAAAAGACUUCUAGUGUAUAGGCUUGUUGUACGGGCCAGUGUUGAAGAGCGUAUCUUGCAGUUGGCCAAAAAGAAGUUAAUGCUUGACCAACUUUUUGUGAACAAGUCUGGAUCUCAGAAGGAAGUGGAAGACAUUCUACGAUGGGGAACAGAAGAACUUUUCAGCGAUUCUAAUGGCACACAUCUGAAAGAAAACCAAAGCAACAAAGAUGAAAUCAUUGUUGAUGUAGAGCAAAAGCAGAAAAAAAAGGGUGGUGGCCUGGGGGACGUAUACCAGGAUAAAUGCACAGAUGGUGGCAGCAAAAUUAUGUGGGAUGAUACUGCAAUUUCAAAAUUGCUUGAUCGGUCAAAUCUUCAAACAGGGCUAGCUAAUGUCAGUGAAGGAGAAUGUGAGAAUGACAUGCUUGGCUCAGUAAAGUCUCUGGAAUGGAAUGAUGAAACAGCAGAAGAGCCUGUAGCAGCAGAAUCACCUAUGCAUCCUGCUGAUGAUGUUUUUGGAGAAAAUCUUGAAAGAAAAGAGGAAAAUCCAGUCAAUAGCGUCGAAGAAAACGAAUGGGAUAGGCUUUUGCGUGUGAGAUGGGAGAAGUAUCAAAGUGAGGAGGAAGCAGCUCUUGGUCGAGGGAAACGUCAGAGAAAAUCUGUUUCCUACCGGGAAGCUUAUGCUCCCCACCCAAGUGAAGCUCUGAGCGAGAGUGGUGGUGAAGAGGGGCGGGAGCCAGAACCAGACCGAGGAUACACGUCAGCCGGACGAGCUUUAAAGGAGAAGUUUGCUAAGCUGCGUGCGAGACAAAAGGAGCGGCUUGCUCAAAGGAAUAUUAUUGAAGACUCUGAUCCUAAUGGUGAAGUUCCAGCACCAGAAUGUCCCCCCACCAGUGUCUCGGCUGCCAAUGGCCAAGUGAAGGAUGAACUAAUGGGUAAGAGGUCUUCAGCAAUUGAUUUGGAGGAUGACAAAUUUAUUCAGCUAUUAGAUGCUCUGAAUAGAAAGCCUGACUCAACUUUAAGGCUGGGCCAAUCUUAUAAUCCUAAAAUUGACUAUCAUCUGAAUCCUUCUGUUAAUUCCCUUGGUUCCUCCCGUUCUGCAGACACUGUUGCUCCAAACCACCAAAUCCAGGGAACAGGCUACACAGAUUAUCUUCCCUCUGAUAAUUUAUUGCCAGUGCUCGGAUUAUGUGCUCCUAAUGCCAGUCAAUUAGAGUCAUCUCGUAGAAAUUUAUCAAGAUCCAAUGGCAGACACAGCAAGCUGGGUACUAGACCUGAAUUUCCUUUCACUCUACCUCCUACUGGAGCUUCCAUGGAGGCUGAUGGAGGUCUUUCACAAUUUUCUAAAAAUGGUUUGCCUGAUGGUUGGCUCCCGUUUCCGUAUCCUCCAUCUUUUCCGCUAGGAAAAAUGGCCGAGAGCUCUGGUUCCAGCUUUGCUGAUUUCAGGGAAAAAAUGUCACUUCCAAAGUUGCCAUUUGAUGAGAAGAUGCUACCUCGAUUCCCUCUUCCUACAAAGAUGCCCCAUCCUGAUUUAUUGCCUAACUUGUCACUGGGUGGCAGACUGGAUGCAACAAAUGACUCUAUGAGGGAUCUUCCUGCAAUGCCAUUUUUACCCAAUUUGAAGAUCCCUCAAGAUGUUCAAAGAUACAGUCAGCUAGAGAACGAGGUGCCUCCUAACCUUGGUUUGGGUCAGAUGCCAUUAAACUAUCCUUCAUUCCCUGAAAACCACAGAAAGGUGCUUGAAAACAUACUGAUGAGGACAGGAUCUGUACCAAGUGCCAUGUAUCGGAAGAAAUCAAGAAUAGAUGGGUGGUCUGAAGACGAACUGGAUUCUCUAUGGAUUGGUGUUCGUAGAUAUGGAAGGGGCAAUUGGGAUUCAAUGCUCAAAGACCCUAGACUAAAAUUAUCAAAGCAUAAAUUGCCUGAGGAUUUAGCAGCUAGGUGGGAGGAAGAACAACUAAAGAUCCUAGACGCUCCAACCGUUCCAGCACCACCUAAGACAGUGAAGUCUGCAAAGUCUUCCAAAUCGCCCAUGUAUCCAAGCAUCCCUGAAGGAAUGAUGGCUAGGGCAUUACAUGGAAGCAGGUUUGUGGCACCACCAAAGUUCCCUGGUCAUAUGACAGACAUGAAACUAGGGUUCGGCGAUCCAUCUUCAGGCCUGGCACAUCUUGACCCGUCAUCCAAUCAUCCACUUCGGUUUCAGAGGGAGCAGCAUCUUGGUUCUCUUCCAGUAUUCAACCAUGAGAAGUUUCGGUCAAAGUUUGGCGGUGGAGAUUCUUCUGCUGGACCUUCCUCCACAAACGAGAAGCCAUUUUUGCUCGAUUCUUUUGGAGCAAGCAACUUGGGCGCAUUAGGUUCGAGUUACCUGGGCACCUUGGACGUACAGAGAAGAGAGGAGGAGCUUGCUGCGAUGAAGUACAGGAACUCACCUAACCUUCUUGAUAGGUCAUUCCGAGAUGUCCACGGUAACUUAGGAGGUGGUGGUGAAUUAAGCUUUCCAGCAAUGUCCACUGACCCCAACAUGCGUCGCUAUUCAAAGGGCAAAGAGGUAGUUGGAAGUGGUCCUUCAGAGAACAAGUUGCCACAUUGGCUGAGGGAAGCUGUUACUGCUCCUCCUGCCAAAUCGCAGGAGCCUGAUCUACCCCCUACAGUGUCGGCUAUAGCUCAAUCAGUUCGAUUGCUCUAUGGAGAAGAGAAGUCCACAAUUCCUCCAUUUGUCAUACCUGGUCCACCUCCUUCACAACCAAAGGAUCCCAGACGAGCUCUAAGGAAGAGGAAGAAGAAGACGAGACCCAAUCUAACGGUUCCAUUCUCUGAUUCUUUUGCUCAGCCCAAUCUUCCGCUUCUUCCGCCAUUGAAUCCCGGGACAUCAGGCCUUCCCUGGAAUGGAUCUGGUGUACAGGGGUUAUUGGCACCAACCCCAUGCUUAAACCGGGAGAAGAAAACAAACAUGGGAUUGUCCCCGUCUCCAGAAGUGCUUCAAUUGGUAGCUUCUUGUGUUGCUUCAAGUGCCCCACCUGUAGGCCCUGGUUCCGGAAUGACAAGCUCAACAAGUGUGCCACCCGAGAGCAUGCCGUCAAUUCCAAACUCUGCAGAUCAAGUUGAAAGCUUGGAUAAUCACAGUUCGCCCUUGAAUACAGAACAAGGAACCGUAGCAGAGGAGAUGCAAGAUGAUGAAUGCAGUAAACACCUUGAUAGUAGUGGUGAAUCUGGCAAGAUGCAGCAAUCUGCCCCUUGUGAGAUUGAAAAGCAUGAUCCUCCAGAGAAGGGCACUUUGUCAGAAGGAACGGUGUCAUCGGAAGGAACGCUCUCUGAUCAACCCAUGACCGACGAUCAUGAGCCGCAGCAGCUAUAGGGAAAAAAACAUACAGUGUACUGUUGUCAUUCUUUACACCAUCCAUAUUCUUUUUUUCUUCUUUUUUUUCUUGCUGCUGCUGGUGGUGGGGUUGCAGGGCUAAUUAAGUAAGGGGAGAUGUGCUCGAAUUUUUGUAGGAUUGAUGAUGGGUGGCAAGUAGGGAGUGAUGCUAUAGGAUCCAUUUUAGGACAAGGUUUUGUAUUGUAAAUUGUAUGAGAUUGGAAAUAUAUAUAGUAUAAGGGGGGUAUCCCUGUUUGGUACUUGUAUGACAACUUUCGAUUUUAGAAUUUUUGUAAGUUGAAAGUGUUGCCUGAUACUGUUGAAGUCGGGUUUUCUUUCAAUUGCAGCAAUCAGCCGCAGACCUAAGGCGGUACAGAUUGUCUACAGCUUCUGGUGAAGAUGCCGGAGCUAAAGAGUCAGCCCAAGUCAUAUUCAUUUUGUAAAAUCCAAAAGCUUAAGUUGUAUAGGUUGAUCCACUUUCAUAUGA